AUCGACUUGUGUAUUUCAAGUGUUGGUGUUGCAAUGCAUCCAUCACGUAUUAAUGACGAAAGGUCUGUGUAUCGUAUGUGUGUCAUUGACACACUCACUCAUUGAAAAGUUUGCACGCCUGCCUGCCUGCCUGCCUCAGUCAGUUCCAGCAGCUAGCAACGCAAUACAUCCACGCCCCGACACGCCCAACAAAGAUCCAUCCUUCACACCACGUAUUGCAAUCAAGCAAAGCACGUAGCGCAGCCGUCUGCGUCUGUCUCGCUAGACCUCCAGGACGACCUUGAUGUGUGUCGUCGGCCGCCUGUACACCGACGCCCGCCCGCGGGACUGAAAGUGUACCCGCUUCCUGUAAGGCCCUCGGUUGGCAAGCACCGUGAAGAUCCUGGGCUUGACGCUGUUGGCACCGUACUUCUGCCUGGCGUUGGCGAGCGCAGACUUGAUGCACUUGUACACCUGCUUGGCGGGUUUCCGCGGCGACCACUCCAGGAUGGCCAGCGCCUCAAGCAGAGGCUUCCCCUUGAUCUCCGACAGCGUCCUUAGCGUCUUGAUGGUGGACAGCCGCAGAAACCUCGCCUCGGCGGUCACCAGGCGCUUGCCGGCGAUCUUCUGCGGGUCGGGCCGGUUCGCCCAGACGGACUUCUGCUUGCCGACAUGUGUGACGGUCAGGGGAUGCUGCGAAAGGGACGACUGGGUUGGGGAGUGGGAAGGGGAGAGGGGAGAUCUGUCGAGGGCAUUGCUGUUGAGCCGCUGCCUCAGUAGGGGGACGGGCGAAACGAAGCCUGCAUCAACACAAAGAGUGAGGGACAGGUUACAUGUAUGGCUUGUAGUGCUGCAUGGGGGUUGGCCAUAGCACCACUCACUCGUGUGAUCAGGCGUGAUGGCAAAGCAUCGAAAGGCAUCUGCACCAGGCAGGCAUAAACCAGCGCAAACGUCUGAGCAGUGCACGUGUUGCGUGCCUUGCUGUCAGCGUACCUGCAGCGAACACAGCCACAAGCGCCAGCACCUUCAUCUCGCCCUGAGCGCGACAAACACACAGAUCACGAUUGGUUCUGCGUCAGGCUCGUCCAUCCAUCUCUUGCCAAAGCCCUACCGUCAUCGCCUUUUCUUCAUCCAGACCACCUG